AUGUCUGUCGAUAUCGAGCCUACCGAGCUGAGCUUCAAGCGGCCCUUCACCGUUGAGGUCUCUCAGAUCCUGCGCAUCAAGAACCCGAACCAGUCUCCCGUCGCCUUCAAGGUCAAAACCACCGCUCCUAAGCAGUACUGCGUUCGCCCCAACUCGGGUCGUAUUGAGCCUGGCCAGGAUGUGGAGGUCACCGUCCUCCUCCAGGCCAUGAAGGCGGAACCCCCCAUGGAUGCCAAGUGCCGCGACAAGUUCUUGGUCCAAUCCGUCCCCAUUACCGCCGACAAGGAAUUCGCUAGCAUCGCCAACAUUCUCGACCAGACAGACAAGGCUACCCUUCAGGAGAAGAAGAUUCGCGUCAUCUGGCUCGCCGCUGAGGACUCAUCGAACGGACCCAGCGCGUCUGCCGUCGCUUCCACUCCCAGCCGUCACUCCGUCGUCAAUGGCGACCAUACUCCCGAUGUCUCCCGCGUCUACUCGUCUCCCAGCCAAGGGAUGGAUAGUGCUAGUCCCCAGCCCGCCGCGCCCGCGAGCCCCGAUGUGAAGGAUGACACCGUUUCCGAGAAGGCGGUCUCGACAGUGAGCGCCGCGAGCAAUGUUGUCGCCAGCACUGCCCAGGUCACGUAUGACGAGCUCAAGCAGAAGCUCCAGCAGGCCGAGGCGAAGAUUGCCGGUCUGCAAGAUACUAGUGGCCUGCGCCAACGUGUGAAGACCGAGAGCGAAAAGCUGCCCAGCCCGCAACAGGCUGCUGCAGCAGUAAGGCAGGGAGCGGAGGGUGUCCCCGUUCAGAUGGUCGCCAUCCUCUGCCUCGUCAGCUUCCUCCUCGCAUACUUCUUCUUCUAA